UCGGUGAGUUGAAUCAAAUGAUCCGACACACCUAAAAGGGCAGGUGUUAACCAGUAGUUUAACCAGUUACAGCUAAAUACCUAACUCUGAGUAUAUUCUAUAUUAGUCAGUAGUUCUCACGUUUUACGUUGAAUAUUUACAUUUUUGAGUGUUCUUCUCCCAAACAGGACAAUGACUGGUAAAGGAUCACUGAUGACAUUGAGAGGGACAGUUGUUAAUGGAACAAAGCUGAAAGUGCCAGAGGCUGAAGAUGCAGCUGGGUUUGGUAAUGAUUCUCCAGCAAAGAAGAUGAAGGCGUCUCGUACUAAAUCACUCCUUGCGGAUGGAGCCGAUGAGUUUGAAACAGCAUGGUCAGGUACAGACGAUGCUGUCAGAGACAUCAAUCUCCUGUUCUCAAAAUACUCAGAGGUGCUGAGAGAGAGAGCUGCCGUGGAUGCAUCACAGAUCCAGGAGCUGACGGAUAUUCUGACCGAGGCCAUGAACCUGGAAUCACAGCUUAAGGAAAAGAAGGAACACCUGAGACAGGCUUUGGCUAUUAUUUCAGACAAACUACAGGGCUAGUCAUCAGACAGAUAAUUCAUUCAUUUAGAGUAUUGGAGCCUUGUUUAGUUUCAGGUUUGAUCUCUGAACAUUGUGGAAGUUCCUGUUUUUCAUGGCAAGUUUUUCUGUAAUUCUUUAAUAAUAUUUGUUAUGUUCAGGUGUUAAACCUACUUUGAUAUUAUUAAUCUGUUUGGAGGCCUUGUUAAAAGGAUGACUUUAUUCAGUGGAUUGUAGUAGCAGCACUUUGAGUGAUAUUUAUUCAGAAUUCAUUUUUAGUUUGGAGUUGAUUGUUCUAAGAGAUUUGUGGAUUGCUUGAUGCAAAUGUGCUGUCAAUAAUAAACAUGACAUUCUCUUUC